AUGCUUUCUUUCAAGGAUAUCAUUAUCGGCGCGUCCAUGCUGGCGGUGGUUCGCGGCCACGCGGCUAUCAUUAAUGCUCAGGGCGAUGCCGGUGGUCCUGCUUCUGUUGGUUUCAAGGUCGACCCCAACCUUGCCCGCAACUGCACGACCAUCAACCCCUGCCAGCAGGACGCCACCCUGAUCCGCGAUGCCGAGAUCAAGGCCAACACCGUGAACGAGUGCGGACGUACUGAGAUUUCCGGCAACAUCGAUGUCGGCGAGAACACCGAGAACGCCCUGGCUGCCGGCGCCGUCACACAGGUCAAGCCUGGCUCCAAGGUCACCGUCACCAUCCACCAGGUGAACGCCGACGGUGCCGGCCCCUUCGCCUGCGACCUGGACCCUACCGGCAACUCCCUCGGUGCCACCGGCCAGACUCCUCUCGAGGUCACCAACAACGUCCCCGGAACCAACGGCUUCUCCCAGGCCAAGGCACAGCAGUUCAACAUCACCGUCACGAUGCCCAACGACCUCAAGUGCACCGGCGCCUCCACCGGAAACGUCUGCACCGUCCGCUGCCGUAACAACGCCGUCGCCGGCCCCUUCGGUGGCUGCUUCGCCGUCCAGCAAUCCGAUGUCACCCCCACCCAGAACACCCCCCAGAACAUCAAGACCGCCCAGGACCUCGAGGGUGUCCUCGCCAAGCAGCAGCAGAACGCCGCCGACCUCCCGGCCGCCAUUAAGGCUAACCAGAUUGACGGCACCAAACAGGGCCAGGACAACAUCGCUGCUGCCAACAAGCUUCUGGGUGUCCCUGAGGUCGUGACCAAGGAGUUCCCCGCCACCAACACCGGCCCAUCUGUCGACGGCACUGCCGGCGCCGGAGGCAAUGCCAACGCUGGAACUGGAAACGCGAACACCGGCAACACUGGCAACACUGGCAACAACAACGCCAACACCGGAGGCAACGCGAACGCCGGCGGUAACGGACGCCAGAGGGGCAAGAACCGCGGUGGAAAGCGCGCCGCCAGACAGAAGCGUGAGGAGAACAGCGGACUGAGAUGGGCCAAGCGCUACGUCGUGCCCGGAGCCGACUUCCAGCCUGAGGUUGCCCCAUGA